CUGUUUAGGUCAGAACGCUUAAGCAACAACGCAGAGUUGUGGCAAAGGCAGAGGGAGUUCUUCCAUCGCCGAUGGGACGACAAUAACGCGGAUCGGCAUCGCAGCAGUGACAGCGAAUGCGACGUCACCAGCGAACUUUCAGAGAGCGAGGACUUAGCAAUAAUUUUCGUGCCAGAUCGGACCGAAGCGGACUUUCGUCUGAAUCUGAAUCGGUAUGUAAAUGAUCCUACUUUAAAUUUUCAUAUAUCAUAAUG